AUGGAUUCUUUUACCGUUUUUGCUGGAAAUCCACAAAAAAUGGAAACUGCCACAUGCGUCUUGGUAACCACAAGUCCUAUUCCCUCAGGACUGAAUUUUUCUGCUGCCUCCACAGCUCAACAGUCCGGGACUAGGAUUGCCAUCAAGAGAAACAAGACUAACUCGAUGGUCAGUGGGGGGGCAACGCAAGAGCUACUACGGUGUAAGCGGCGUAUUCAGUUAUCUCAGCUGGGUUGUUCAUCGCCACAGGCUCGGCCAGCCACCGUGUCUAGGAGAAACGAAAGAGAGCGAAACCGUGUGAAGUUAGUAAAUUUGGGUUUCGAUACACUUAAACAGCACGUUCCAAACGGUACCAAGAACAAGAAAAUGAGCAAGGUUGAGACGCUACGCGCAGCCGUACUAUACAUCAAGCAGCUUCAGGAGCUUCUCACCGAACAGGAAAACACGAAUUCUGUGUUAGGAGAAAACAUCUUGACAUACAACAUGCAAAAGAACCAGAACUGCUACCCUGAAUCGGUUUCAGCAUCAAACAGUAAAGACUCUGUUCACAAUACGGUUAUGCCACCAUAUACAAGCUCACAAACCGAGACACAACCACCAAGCUCACCUACUUCAAGCCUUGGUUCAGAUGCUGCUUCCCCGCAGCAAAGCCUUGGUUACGACGAAUCCUCUCCACGUGACAUUCUUAAUCCUGAAGACGAAGAUCUUCUGGAUUUCACUUCCUGGUUUUCUUAA